AAAGAUCAUUUUUCGAAAUUAUGUGUUGAUGCUAUAUUACAAAUACAUGUAAAUAUCUUCAUUUAAUUUAAUCAAAAAAGUAAAAAUUAUCUUUUUUUUAGGAUAAAACUGAUUUACAAGGUAUUUAAAUAAUAAAACUUUUAGAAAAUAAUCUUAAUGAUUCAUACCUUGAAGAAGGUAAGAAAAUAUUUAUUUUAAUUAAUCAAAAAAUAAAAUUUGUAUUUUUUUAUUUUUUUUUUCAAGUUUUCUAUUAGAAAAACGUAUUGGUAUGAAUAUGCCGAAACGUAUUGAAAAUUCUCGUAUUUUAAUUGCAAAUACAUCAAUGGAUACAGAUAAAAUAAAAAUAUCUGAUUCAUCUGUGCGUAUUGAUUCAAUUGCUAAACUAGUUGAAUUAUAA